AUGGCUGCAUCCACUCGUCGAGCAAAGGUCACUUCAUUUAUUGCUCAAAAACAUAGCCGUCAGGAACUUGAGCCAGUUGUAGGAAAACUAAUUGACCGUGCACAUGUGGAUCCACUGCACCUGAAGAACAACGCCUGGUGCGACAAUGAAAGCAUCGUGGCUAGUAUCAACUCAGGUCACUCAAAAGCUCCCAAGGUGAUGGAUCUGGUCUGUUUUUUUGGGUUCUCAUUUCCACGAAACACAACUUCUUGGUAAGGGCCCGCCAAGUUCCGGAGGUAGAUAACAGAAUUGCUGACGCCCUCUCACCUUUCCAGGUCGAACGCUUCAGGGAUCUCGCCACCAAUGCCAACCAGACCCCUUGUUUCAUCCCUCCUUCGUUCAUGA